GCCUGGCAUGUGAUUCCAUUUUUUAUUAGCUUCAAAUAUAUGUCCUGAGUAUGAAAUGUGUAACACCCAGAUAACAAUAACUUUGUGAUUUGCUGCAAGCUCUUCCGAUUGUCUGGAAUGUUCUGUUUCACUAGUAGACAUACGUUUAAUCUCUUCUUCAAAUAACGUCACGCUAGCAAGAGAGGUCGCUAGCUGCUGGCUCAAUAUAUAUCUAUCAUUGAGUACACAAUACAAUGUGUGCAUGAGGUCCGACAUCACUCAUAGAAACCCCAAAACUACAUGUACAUCAAUAGUUCGAAUGAACAAAUAUCGCUUGAUCCAUGUAUAUAAUGUUUCCCCUCGAAAGCACCUGAUGGCUCGAGACAGCCAACAUACAAAGUUCCUGUUGGAAAACGAGUCAAACAAGCAGUUUCUUAUCUGAACAUUUUCCGGCCGUCCAAUCAGCCAACGAGAGGGAGCGAUUAAAAUCCAGCCAAUCAGACCGUUGCACAGGCACAGGCCGCGUAGUCUGCGGCAAUCGCGUGGCCAAAGGAACACAAAACCUGCACUAGAGGCUUUAGAGACAAGAGAUAAAGGGGGAAUUCCACGAAUAAUGCAUGUGGGAACAAAUCAAGUCUUUACUAGGUUUUUUUCAACAGCUGAAUAUGUGUGUAUAAUCAAGUUUAUUGUCCAUAUCCAGCUUAGAGCCAUGACAGGACAGACACCCCACUAGCCGAGUCGAAGCGAAACUAAUGUCUAAAGAGUCUAAGGUGAAUUGAGACUACGCGGAGGACUAAUUCCUCUACCCCUCCUUUUUAUUAUAGUCCGUUGAAGUAGAUAAACAACUACCAGGAUGAAAUCGACAAUGCAAUUGGUGCGAACUUCAUACACCCCCAUGAUGGGCGAAGGCCAUUAGCUCCAGAUAUGCGCCUCCUUGCAGUAUCCGUUGGCAUGUGGACUGUUCAUAUCAAUUAACGUUGAAAUUGACAACGUUGUCGUUGAGACAUUCCCUUCGUCUCCUG